AGGAGGGCGGCCUGGUCCGGCACGGUCGCGUGGGGGGGCAGCUGAGCGUGUCGCGUUCGCUGGGCGACCACCACCUGAAGACGUGCGGGGUGAGCUGUGUGCCCGACGUCUUCGCGUGCGAGCUCGGCAGCGAAGACCGCGGCGCCGCGCUCCUGAUCGCGAGCGACGGCCUGUGGGACGCGCUCACCGACGCCGACGCCCGCGAGGUGUUCGCCAGUUGCGUCGGCGGCGCUGUCUCCGAGGGGGGGAGCCCGCAGGCCAUCGGCAGGAUGCUGCAGGAGAGAACCGCGCGGACCCUGGUGGAGAUCGCCAAGGCCAGUUGGGCCCAAAGAUUGCGAGCCAAGGGCGAACAGUUCCGCGGCGGAAAAGGAGAAGGAAGAGGCGGAAGAUCAGGACCGCGGGUCGAAGGACAACAUCCUCGCGCUCGUCGUCUUCCUUUGAGCUGCGUGCGCCGGAAACCCUUCGGAGGCUGACAGGUAGCCGCCUCUCCCGAACCGUCUGGGUCUCCCGCCGGACUCGCUCGGGCUUGCGGUCGACGCCGACACGGGCAGAACAGCCGUGGCGGGCCGCGAGGAGUCAGCGCGCCAUCGAGAUCGACGGCUGAGCGACGGAAGAGGCCAGGGC